ACGCUGAAGAAGUUUUGAAUUCAUAAAAGGGCAAACCCCUAAGACCUUAAGACCGGGUAAAACGUGUUGGUAUCUAUGUAUAUGUUGUCCAUGCUGCUGCUGUCACAGUUAGCUGUAAACAUUGAUUAUGCCAUUGUUGCUAGCAAACUACUAUCAACAGCAACAGCAGCAGCAACUUCGCCAGCAACAGCAGCAAUAUCGACAACAGACAGUUGCUAGGGCUGCCAGCAUUAACGGCAUGUUACUAGAAUACAAAAACGCUUGCAACACAAAUCAAAGCAGCAGCAGCAGCAGCGGCAGCAGCGAUCACAAUAGCAGCGGCAGCAGCAGCAGCAUUCGACAGCUGGCCAAAGCGGAAGCACUAACAAUGUCAACGCCAACAACAACAACCAAAUACAAAUUGAACAGCGAUGCAAGCGAUGGCAUUGCAGCAGCCACGCUGCUCUACCAUCACCAUCAUCAUCAUCAUCAUCAGCAGCAGCAGCAGCAGCAGCAACAGCAGCAACAGCAUCAACAUCAUCAGCAGCAAUUGCUGCUGCAGCAGCAGCUGUUGCAGCAACAUGUUGCCAACAGCACACCGCUGCAACAUCUGAGCAAUCUGUUUGGCCAGCAUUUGCCUACGCACAGUCUGCAGCAUUUGAUAACCGCUGAGUAUUGGCAGCAGCGUUGCCCCACAGCAGCCACCACAACAACGGCAAUUAAAAGCGAACCAACAACUCAAUCGCCAACACCAACACCAACUGUGACAGCAACAGCAACUGGCAAUGCAGAUGCUGCAUCGGUGUUCGACUUCACGCGGCAGCAACACGUCAAUUUUGCCGCCUCAUUAGUCGCAUUACAACAAAAUGAUGCUGCGCCCGAGGCGACAGCAACAGCAACAGCGCACACAACGGCUGCAGCAGCAGCAGCAGCAACAUCGCUGCCUGCAUCGGCAGCAACAUCACCGGCGCCAGCAACAAGCGAAGCAAAUGACGAAGAUGUCGGCGACGACAACAACAUGCAAAAUGCAGGCGUGGGCUUUAAAUUUGAGAAGGAUGAAACGCUUGUGGACACAAUUAUGCGCGAUGUUAGCAGGACAAUGCAACACAACGAAACGAACAAUGGCCAGGAUAAUGGUCAACUAAAGCUGCACGACAGCGAUGAAGUAGGAGAAGAAGAGGAAGAUGAGGAGGAGGAUCAGCGAGCAACGACACUUGGCAACAACAGCGACACUUUGUUGUCUUCCUUUCGGCUGAAAAGCGAAACACAGGACGAACGGCAACAGGAGCCUCAGGAGCUUUGCGAACAAAGCUCAAAGGAAGCUCAGCAAUUCGUCAAACAGGAGCAACAUAACGACAUCAGCCGACUGUCGCGCUCGCCUUCGCCGCUGCAAUCGAACGCUUCUGAUUGUGAUGACAACAACUCGAGUGUGGGCACCUCCAGCGAUCGUUGUCGCUCGCCCCUGAGUCCAGCGCUGUUGCUCACCCAGCAGCAGGCCAAGCGACAGUUGCUCUCGAUGCAGCCGCAUCCGGCGCACCAUCACAAUCAUAGCCACAAUCACAAUCAUAAUCAUAAUCAUCUGCAGCAGACGUACAAGCAGGAGCAGCAGGAUGAGGACUAUGAUGAUGCCAAUGGCGGUGCACUCAAUCUGACCAGCGACAAUUCGCGGCACAGCACUCAGAGUCCGGCCAAUUCGGUCAAAUCGACAGCGGGCACACCGCCGGCUCAGCUGGCGGCACCGCUCGUCUCACCUGUACUGCCGCCCACCGUUGCCGCGCCCGCUUCUAUGGCAGCCGCCGCCGCGGCCGCCGCUGCAGUGGCUAACAGCAUGCAACCGGGUCUAGGCUUGGCCUUACCCGGUCUAUCCUCGCCCCAGCUGGCGGCUGCCGGCCUGGCCCUGAAUCCCUUGCUGGCCGGCUCCAUUACGCAACAGGAUUUCACUCAGCUUCAGCAGGUGCUGCAGCAGCGACAGGUCGCACUGCAGCAGCAGUUCAAUAGCUAUAUAGAACUGUUGCGCAGCGGCUCGCUGGGUCUGUCGCAGGACGAUCCGGCAUUGGCUGGUCAGAUCGCUGCCGCUCAGUUCCUGAUGCAGAGCCAGCUGCAGGCGCUGGCUCAGGCCACACAGCAGCUGCAGGCGCUGCAGAAGCAACAGGAGACGCUGAGUAUGUGCAAAUCGCCGCUGCAGCAGCCGCGCAGCUCGACGCCCCAUUCACGGAGUCCAGCUGCAGUGCGCAGUCCGGCCAGCUCGCCGCAUCAGCCGCUGCAGAUAACGCCGCCCAAUUCGGCAGCCAGCUUGAAGCUGAGCGGCAUGCUAACGCCCAGCACGCCCACCAGCCACUCGCACACCCAUGGCCACGCCCACACGCACAGUCAGGUCACACCGCAGCCCAAAACGGUGGCCAGUGCGGCAGCGGCGCGUGCAGCCGGCGAGCCCUCGCCCGAAGAGACCACAGAUCUGGAGGAGUUGGAGCAGUUUGCCAAGACCUUCAAGCAGCGACGCAUCAAACUGGGCUUCACCCAGGGCGAUGUGGGCCUGGCCAUGGGCAAGCUCUAUGGCAACGAUUUCUCCCAGACCACCAUCUCGCGCUUCGAGGCGCUCAAUCUGAGCUUCAAGAACAUGUGCAAACUGAAGCCCCUGCUCCAGAAG